AUGUAUGCUAAACGAUAUAUACACUCUAUCUCUAUUCAAAUGAUUUUCCUAAAUUAUAAUAAUAUUUACGCACAAGUGCUUGUGGUUCUUGCAAGAAAUGGUAGAAGAUUUCCAGGAAAAGGAUUAUUGAAACGAAAUAUUAAACGAAGACGAUAUAUGAUUUAUAUAUCAACAAAUCAAAUUUGGAAUAGGAUUUCAGCUCAACGAAAUACCUUAGCUGAAAAUGCUAACCUUAUCAAUCAAGACCUUAUGACCCGUAUGACGAAUAAUAAUAAUAAUACUCUUCUUGACAGAAUUUCUCAAAUAACCAUACCACAAGAAACUAAUAAUACCUUUGAAGAUAAUUUUUUUAACGGGACAAGUUUUGCCGAUAACAACGACCGCCAGGAUCCGCUUCUAUGUUCCUUUGAGUAA